UCACUUUAAUAAAAAAAAAAAAAAAAGCUCCCAUCGUUCACUUUAAAAGAGUCAGCUCUUUGAGCCGUCUCGUUCGUGACCGACACAUCACUAGUCGUCAGUGCGCAUGCGCAGACAGAGAAAGUGAUAGAGGAGUCUUUAAUUUGUGCCUCGCUGUCUGCCGGACGGGCCGAGCUCUGUGGUUUUAUAUCAGAGCAGCGAGGAACGGCCGAGCAGGGUGAUAAAAUCCGCGCACCCUUCCAUAUGUCGUCGCAUGUUUGGUGACGUCUGAUAAUCGACUCUUUUAGCUGUGGAGUCUCCUUUAGGCCGAGCGGAGGCCUACAGACACUUUACUUUGUUUUUGUAACACCAGAGAACUAUUGUUUAGUUUCCAUGUCUGGAUAUCAGAGCCCGUUUUGACCGAUGAAGCACUUUAUUGUGUGAUUGAAGCGGAAACGGUCGGAAACGUUAGUUAGCUGCUAACUGUAGCUAGCUGCUAGCUGCCAGCGAGGAAGUGAGAAGAUGACAUCUAGGAGGUGGUUUCACCCCAACAUCACAGGUGUGGAGGCUGAAAACCUCCUGCUGACUCGUGGAGUGGAUGGGAGCUUUUUAGCCAGACCCAGUAAGAGUAAUCCAGGAGACUUUACCCUCUCAGUACGGCGAAAUGGAGCAGUCACCCACAUUAAGAUCCAGAACACAGGAGACUACUACGACCUUUAUGGCGGGGAGAAGUUUGCCACGCUGGCGGAGCUGGUGCAGUAUUACAUGGAGCAUCACGGGCAACUGAAAGAGAAAAACGGAGAUGUUAUUGAGCUCAAGUAUCCUCUCAACUGUGCGGACCCCACCUCGGAGAGAUGGUUCCACGGACACUUGUCGGGCCGGGAGGCGGAGAAGCUGCUGUCGGAGAAAGGGAAGAACGGCAGCUUCCUGGUGAGAGAGAGCCAAAGCCACCCCGGGGAUUUUGUUCUGUCGGUCCGGACCGGAGAUGACAAGACGGACAGCAGUGACAAACCCAAAGUCACUCAUGUCAUGAUCCGCUGCCAGCCUGACCUGAAGUUCGACGUGGGCGGAGGGGAGAAGUUUGACUCCCUCACCGACUUGGUAGAGCACUACAAAAAGAACCCCAUGGUGGAAACUCUGGGCACCGUGCUUCAGCUCAAACAGCCCCUGAACACUACUCGUAUUAACGCCGCUGAGAUUGAAAGCCGAGUCAGGGAGCUGAGCAAACUAGCGGAGGCCACAGACAAGGUCAAACAGGGCUUCUGGGAAGAGUUUGAGACGUUGCAGCAACAAGAGUGCAAGCUGCUCUACAGUCGCAAAGAGGGCCAGAGAGCAGAGAACAAAAACAAGAACAGAUACAAGAACAUUCUGCCUUUCGACCACACACGUGUGGUGCUGAAUGACAGGGACGGAAAUGAGCCGGGCUCUGACUACAUCAACGCCAAUAUCAUCAUGGUAGUAUCUGCCGUCAUGCCGGAGCUGGACCCAAAGGUUAACAGUACAAAGGUGAAGAAGAGCUACAUCGCCACUCAGGGCUGUCUGCAGAACACCAUCAGUGACUUCUGGAGGAUGGUGUUCCAGGAGAACUCACGAGUCAUCGUCAUGACCACCAAGGAGGUGGAGAGAGGAAAGAGUAAAUGUGUGAAGUACUGGCCGGACAUGUCGGCUCUGAAGGAGUACGGUGCGAUGCGCGUUCGCAACGUCAGAGAGACGGCUGCACACGACUACAUCUUACGAGAACUCAAACUGUCCAAAGUCGGACAGGGCAACACAGAACGUACCGUUUGGCAGUACCACUUCAGGGCCUGGCCGGACCACGGCGUCCCCACUGACCCAGGCGGCGUACUGGACUUCUUAGAGGAGGUGAACCUGAAGCAGGAGAGCAUACUGGACGCUGGGCCUAUAGCGGUACACUGCAGUGCAGGGAUCGGGAGGACAGGAACGUUUAUAGUGAUUGACAUUCUGAUAGAUGUGAUCAGAGAAAAAGGGGUGGACUGCGACAUCGACGUUCCAAAGACCAUCCAGAUGGUUCGUUCUCAGCGCUCUGGGAUGGUGCAGACUGAGGCGCAGUACAGAUUCAUCUACAUGGCUGUACAGCACUACAUAGAAACAUUGCAGAGACGCAUAGAGGAGGAACAGAAAAGCAAGAUUAAAGGGCGCGAGUACACCAACAUUAAGUACUCUUUGUCUGACCUGACUGGAGGAGAGCAGAGUCCUUUGCCUCCUUGCACUCCUAUUCCGACUCCCACCUGCACAGAGAUGAGGGAGGACAGCUCCAGAGUGUAUGAGAACGUGGGUCUGAUGCAGCAGCAGAAGAGCUACAGAUGAGAUUCACCUUUGACCCCAGUGCUCUAUCAGUUCCGGGAUCUCGAUACCUGACAGUUUUUUCGCCAGCCACACCUUGACGCCUGAGACUUGACCGUAAUGACAUGGAUUAAUGGAAAAACACAAAAUAACGUGAGGGAGACCAGACACCAGGGUUCCUCCUGUUCUCGCUCAUCUUACAUGAACAUUUGCCCUCCAGUUGAAUUCUAAACCACUGUGAUGAUCAUCAGAAGAGCCUUUUGAGAAGCCUAACAUGCUAAAUCCUGCUACUAAACAAACACAGUUCUGGGUUUAGCCUUUGUAGAGCUCACCCCAACAAGGGCUGCAAACAGCGAGCACUCUCCUCAGAGGGAAACACAUAGCUAAUCUUUGCUCAUUUUUCUAUGUUUUUUUUUUAUUAUUAACCAAAGGAAGGUUAUGUAUUUGUUUGUAGACAGAAGUGAGUUCUGAAAGAGGCCUGUGCCAAAAACCACGGAUGAUUUGAUCCACAUUUCUCAGCCAAUUAAACGUCUCUAUUCUGUUUAACGCGGUGGGAGACGAGACCUUAAUUGUGGACAAAAGUGGGGCAAAAUGUCCAGUGAUUAUUGUCACUGUGUUAUAUAGAGUAAUGUUUCUGAAUGAAGAACUAUUGGCAUUGUAGUGUUAUACCAUAUUUACUGUUGAUUUGUAAUCCACUGACUUCUAAACAUGAAUUCCUUUUUUUUUGCGCCAGAACUGCCUCGAAGAGAAACUUUAAUUCAGGCUGUUCGGAGUGUGAAUUUUUGUCGUCCACAUGGGUUGAAUAUGUUUUUGGGAUACGCAGUGUCUGUUAGUUAACCAUUCCUGAGCUCAAGCCGAAUGCCCUUAUUGCUGCACUUUUAUUUAGCAGCAUAACAGUUACAGUCAAGCCUUGAUUCACCUGGUGGAUUUAUAAAUAAUCUAAUCUGGGGUGUGGAGAGGAGUUUCUUCUAUGUCGGAGUCAGUGUGAUGACAUAUUAAGAUUUCAGGGGAGUCUGUUGUGUAAUCUCAGUUGCAGGCAUCGCCACCGACGCACGGCUGCCAAAAGAAACUUUGUUUUUUAAGUUUUUUUUAAAGUGCAUAUUACUUUUUUUUUUUCAUUCUUUCUUGUUUAUUUUCUUCUUUUUUUUAAGACAAAUGCCUUUUUGUGUACCAUUGCCUAUUUUGAGCACCACAUGUACUUAAUUUUAAGAGUCACUGUUUUAAGAAGCAAUCACACAUUUCUCAGCUUUGGCGCUAUAGAUAGUCAUUGUUGUGGUGGUUAUAGAUUGUUGGCCCUGUGAUGGAUUCAGUACUUCAUACACACACACACACACACACAUACACACAUACACAUGUACACAAACACACUUUUCUUGUCUUUCUGUUAAUGUUAA